AUGGAAGUUUUCAAGAAGAAGGGCGGAGCCUGGACUGAGGACAAAAUCCGCAAAACCGCAGUUGGCGUUUCAGAAGCCUCAAAACAGGCCGCGAAGAUCGUGGAUGGUGUGGACUGGCAGGAUGUGCGAGCCAAAGUCGAGGGUGCCGCAUCCAGCGCACAGGAAUCAAUCGAAGGUGCAUAUCACUACACCGAAGACACCUUCAAAGAAAAUCCUAAGCUGUUCUAUACUGCCGCCGGUGUGGUUGUAGGUGCGGCCGCCGCUCCGCUGGUGAUGCCUGCGGUACUUGGGGCUGCUGGCUUCAGCGGCAUCGGACCUGUAGCUGGUUCAAUGGCUGCAGGUUUGCAGUCUGCCGGGUGGGCCGGGGGGGCUGGCACUGCAUUCAGCACAGCCCAGAGUGCUGCGAUGGGCGGUUAUGGAGUUUCAGGCGUCACGAGUGUUUUCACUGCUGCUGGGGCAGCUGCGGGUGGCGCCGCAGGUGCUGCUGCAGAUUUUGUAACAGCAAGAGGCAAGAAGGAGAAGAGUAAGCCCUGA